AGCAGGCAAGGACUGCGCACUUCGACUCUUUCCUCGCUGCGGGCCGCGGCUCGGCGAAGGCUCCAGAUAUGUCUCAAUUCCAGCCUCUGUCCCCUGCGCUCAUGCGGGUCACGGCACCUCGCUCCGAGGACUCAAUGGACAGUCGCACACCGCGUCGACGACGAGAUCGCGGUGGUCUAAUGAAGCUCAAGAAGGGCGAGGACGGCAAGAAGAAUCUUUUCGAGGCCAUUUUCUCCAAGAAGAAGAGCCCUAAUAGUAGCAGCGGUCUGCCUUCUAGCUCCUCUAAUACCAGCCGACGGCCACCCGCCCCCAGUCCUGCGGCGAUUGCCCGCGGAGUUGAGAUUCUACACUCGAUGUUCCCCAAGUGGGAAGAGGAGACGCUGCAGGUCGUACUGGAGGCGAAUAUGUUCAUUAUGGAGGACACAAUCACGGCUGUACUAAACAUGGAGAAAGCCGAGGACAGGACAAAAGAGGGCGGGGAGACAUCUAGGGAUGAUGCUGACCGCACUAAUUGGCCUGUGAAAAACCCACUGCCUGAUGACUUUCUGAGGCUGCCCGACGAUGACGAAUGCGAAGAGGUAAAGUAUGUCCCAUCGGAGGAAGGUCUUGGUGAAGAGGAUGAAGAGGAGUGUGAAGAAAGUGAGAAAGAGGAUGAAGGGGGCUUGGAGGAGAAAAUUGAAAUUACUGUGAGGUUCGACGCUGCGGAGGAGAAUCGAUCGGAUAGAUCGAAUAGCACACUGGCGGAGGAUGAUGGCACGCUGUUUGGGAAGGAGUUUGACGACGACACUGCGUCUACCGACGAGGUGAUUACCCCCGUGCUCGAUGAUGCAGCGAUACUUGCCAAGCAGAAGAUGGUGGACGACUCGGUGAACCAGAAAUUCCUCCCGGUGGAGCUUCGCCAUGAACGAUCAAGUAUCUUCGACAUUGCGCACAUUGAUGUCAUCAAGAAGAGCAAACUGGAUCUGUCGGAAGCGGAGAAACGGAUUCGUCACAGGGAACCACAUCUAGUGUUUGAGUUGCUGUCGAAGGCGAGCGAGAUCUACCGCAAUGGUGUCAUCUCGAGCCAGGAGCUUGAUUACCUGCGCUCUAUGAUCUUGUGCAGGAUCCAGCCUACCAAGAUGCUGAUGGACAUGACGAUGAACAUGAAUGGCAUGAUCUCAGAUCACGAAUGGCAUCUGCUCAUCUUAAAAGCGAAAGGAAUUCGUCAUGCGCUUUGCAUUCGAAUCUUUCGGGAAGAAAGCAAACCUGCCCGGAACAGUGGCCACAUGGAGUAUAUUGUGCGUGUUGUAGAUGUGGAAAGUGGCGUCGUCUGGUUUACGCGGAAGCGCUUCCGUGAGCUCUAUAAGCUUCACCGCAAAUUAAGUCGUCUAUCUGGACAGGUGAAUGAGUGCGUGUUCCCAACUCGUCGUGGCCAUGGCAGAAACUCCCCGAACCAGCUUGCUUACGACCGAGCGCCAGUGCUGGAAAACUUUUUACGUACCACCGCAGCACUUGUGGCUCCGUCGCCACUUACGUUCUUGCAUGGCGUCGCUCUCAAGCAACUCCAACAGUUUUUGGAUGUUCCUCACGUGGGAAUCCUCGAGCGAAACCGCACUCAACCUAUCUCGCGUGAACUCCGUGUAUUCGUGUACCACACUGUGAGUGACGUCACGUCUCCAGAAGGCAAGGCCUGUCAGAAGUUCCUCACCAAGAUGAAGCAAAGUGGCUUCAACUCCGGGAAGAAUGUACUGGAUGAAAUUGGCGAGAUCUUGGACGGUGUACAGGAGUACAUGCUUGAGCAUCGAUAUGAGGAGAUGGAGCUAAUCGUUCAGCGGCUGAUGAAGCAGAUUAUUGGCGGGAACGCUAGCAACCCGGCAUUAGGUCGGCACAGCUCGUUUGUGAGUCUCAUGACCACCGAUGCAGCAAGCAACCAGGACAAGUUGCAGCAAUUAGUAUCGGAUGCUAUUCGGCAUGAGCUUGAGGACCGCAUCUGCGUGCCGCUGAUGUGGGAUCUGACACAGUACAUUCGACGGCAUGUACAGCACGAAGAGCGUCAGUUCCGUCAGCGCGUGUUCCAGCUAAAAGGGAAGCCGCAGAGCUACUUCGGUAUCCCGAUGGACAAGAUCUCGUUGAGUAGUUGGCGGUCCGUGGUGGAUAUCAUUAAGGAGAUUGACGGAGCCUUCUUGCCAUUGGACAAGAUGCGAAAACUGGUCGCUACAGCGCACCAAAUUCAUGCAGUCUACAAGGCUGAACGCACUAUGUAUCUCGAGCGGCCGCACCACCGCCGACAGCGUUCAACGCCAAUGGCUGGCUCGUUCUUGCAGCCUCAGACGUCUCCGUUGUCGGUGAACCCGACGCUGCCGCGGACGAACAGCGGCUCCAACCGAUCGUCUCGGGGUCUGACUGUUGGGGACGAGUCUGAGGCCCCAACUGAAAUCAAUGUGAGUGCGCAAGAACAGAACGAUGAGGUGGACGCAAGGGGGAGCGAAGUGUCCACCAAGACCCAAGAGGAGGACGUGCUGAGCGGAGACGACUUCCUGCCCAUAUUUAUUUAUGUGAUCGUCCACAGUGACCUGGAGGCCCCGAUCCUCACACAAGUACUUUUGAAUCGCCUCUGUGACCCUGAAAAGCGACGCAGCGAGUCCGGCUACUACCUUGCUACCUUCGAGGCUGCGUUGCACCAUAUUUUGUCUCUGGAGCUUCCUGGUGUUAAAGCAGACGGCCUGUAG